CUGUUUUGUACAUUUUGUAUUUUAACCUCAAUUUACGAUAUAUACGAGCAAUUCAAUCAAAAAAGAUUACCAAUCGAGAAGCCAAAAUGACUGAGAGCAUUGUGUGUCACAAGUGCCAGGAGGCCAUCACCAAGCGUAUGAUCACCGCCCUGGGCAAGACGUGGCACCCGGAGCACUUCCUGUGCCACCACUGCGAUGAGCAGAUCCUGGAUGCCACCUUCAAUGUUCAGAGCGGAGAACCAGUGUGCAACAAGUGCUUCGUGGAGCGGUACACCUACACCUGUGCCGGCUGCAAGAAGCCGAUCCUUGAAAAAACCAUCUGCGCCAUGGGGGAGAGGUGGCACGAAGCUUGCUUUUGCUGCGGCGGUGCCUGCAAGAAGCCGCUCGCCAGUCAAACGUUCUAUGAGCGCGACGGCAAGCCCUAUUGCAAACAGGAUUACGAGAACCUCUUUGCUGCCAGGUGCGCCAAGUGCGAGAAGCCUAUAACGGACUCAGCGGUGCUCGCCAUGAACGUGAAGUGGCAUCGCAAUUGCUUCCAGUGCAACAAAUGCGAGAAUCCUAUAACCUCGCAGACUUUUACCAUCGACGGGGACAAGCCCGUGUGCCCCGCCUGCAAUUGCUAACAUCGUCCCGGACCCAUGAUCUUACUCCAAAUUGUUUAGUUCCUUUCUUACACUAAUGUUGAAAUAGUUCCCGAUGCUUAUGAAGCCUAGAGGCAUGAAAGAAAUCAGACCCACACAUUUGACCACACUUAACAUUUCGCACACGCACACACUAAAUAAAAAUAAAUAUGUAAAGUCUCUGUAUUGGGGUGGCCAGGUAAACCCUUUUAUCGUUAAGAUUUGCCUAAGACCAACAACACCCACAACAACAUACUGAUUACUGCGAGAUAAACUAGAACGCAAGCCCUUUCCCAAUUUUGAGUAAAUAUUUUCCCCAAACCCAGUGAAAAGAAGCUGUCGAGGAAAGUGUGCUUGAU